CUAACAGUGUGCUAUCGAGCAACUACAGGAGCAACAGAAAUUUUGUGCAGAAGAUAAGCACCAGGUUUCUUCGAAAGUGAUCGUAGAAAGACCUGCAUAAAGAGACUCAUAAACUCGGGUAGCCUACGUAUUUUCUGUAGACCGACAGAAUUCACUCUGAGAAGGAAAUUGCUUCAGUGUGUCAUUGCUUGCAAGUUAAUUAUGGCUACCGAGGGAGACCCAACUGACUUUGUGAAAGUGCUUCACCUUCUGGUGAUUUCCUUCACCUGGGGAAUGCAGGUGUGGGUGUCUUUCAUAGCAGGUUUUGUGCUGAUUUCCCAGGUAUCCAUGCACACAUUCGGUCUUGUGCAAAGCAAGUUAUUCCCAUUUUAUUUCUACUGUCUGCUGGGUGCUAAUGCAGUCAAUCUGGCCAUAUAUGCUGUGUACCACCCUAGAGAACUGCUGGACUGGCAUGAGGGCAUACAGAUGACUCUGUUCUUUGUGGCCGUUAUCUUGGCCGGUCUGAAUGCACAAUGGUUUGGACCAUCUGCCACCGAGUGCAUGCUGGUCAUGCAGGAGAUCGAGAAGGAACACGGUCUGGGGAAUCAGGUGGGUAUGAGCUCCAAUAAGGAAGGAUACGCCAAACUCCGUGAACAGGACCCAAAAUACAAGGAGCACAGGACCACCUUCUACCGCUACCAUGGUCUCUCCAACCUCUGCAACCUUAUAGGCUUUUUCUCCACUACCAUCAAUCUCAUUUACCUGGCCCUCCAUUUGGGAUCUAUAUGAGUGUGUUGUGUGUUUAUGAGAAAGAGUCCAGUCAGACAGUUAUUUUUAGAGAAUUGUCCUGUGUAUGUUCUCUUUGUCGGUCUGACUGUUUUGGAUAACAAUAAUGCUCCUGGUUUUUAUACAAGAGUGUUUAGUGUUCUUUAAGGUUAAAAGAACCAAAUUCAGACCUGUUGAAGUGAGCCAAAAGUGAACUGCAUGAUUUUUGUAUUCACAGUGUCCCUAAAAGUGGACUCCGAUCUCAAUUUAGUAAAUUUGAUUUGUGACCGGAUUUCAAUCAAUUUCAGCCCAAUUUGUCCACGACUUUCCUUUUAAAUCUUUCUAUAUAAGGAAUAAUUCUUGUGAAUCACUCUCAGACAGUGUAAACGCAUAUUUUUAGGUCUGGAUCAAAUGAGUUUUUUUUUAUGUAAAUAUGCCCAGCCAUAUUAAAUGAUAUUGUUAUGGAGGUUAACAGUAUUUCUCCCUACUUUAAAAUGCUUCAAAGUGGGUAAUUGCAUUGAAUCUUUUGUUUAUAAUAAACAGACAUGCAUUAGUGAUAAUAUAGCUGUUUAUGAAUGUUUAAACUGUGUUUUAAUUUGUUGGUGAGGUAUGUACUAUAAUUCUUAUCUGCUUUUGCCUUAAUGCUUCACAAUGUGAACAAUAUAUUUUCCCACUAGAGGGCUGUUUGUGAAAAGGCUUAUGAAAAUAAGAGGACCAAUUUAGUAUUGUCAAACAUAGAAUGCUGUUUACAUUUCCUAUAAUGAAUGACACUAAAAUGGCAAUUAAACUCUAUGGAAAAGCAAUGAAUAGUAACUGAACCUUUGUAACCAUGAUGUUUGAACAGAAAAGUAAACUUCCUUUUAUCACUGGACAUGGAGGAUGGUGCUGUUGACAUGCAAAUGUGAUUUUGAUGAUUGUUCUGCAUAUUCAUGCCUUUGCUAUGAAGAUCUGUUGAGUUACAUUUUUUCUCUCUAGUGCUUCAUACUGUUUUAAAUCAUAUUUUCCCUUUUAAUUAUAUUUGUGUGUUUGUUCCCAUUGCAAACUGAGUUGUUGUUUUUUUAAUUUUUUUUAAUUUUAUUUACCCUAAACACACAUUUAUCUAGUUAAAGAAAUAUCAAACCUAUGUAUGUUGAGUUUUAAUUAAAAAAUAAAUGCAUUUACUCUUAA